AACCGCUUUGAGUGGAAACACGUUUCCGUAUCCACAAAAACUACACCAUCUCUGAUAAGUGGUGUGUUCGACUUCGACCUGGCUUGAACCAAUGAAGAUCCCGCCAUGUCAAUGACAGCAAAGUCCAAGCUCCACACGUAGUUAAUUACACGAGGCGACGUUAAAUGAAAUCAUGCGUCCAGGAUGCUGAUCUUUCAUGGAGAUUAACGUCCCUCUCCGAACAGCUCAUGGGUCGAACCAUCUUCCAUGAACCCAAACCACCGUAUAACCAUGAAGCUCCAAAAUAUCUUUUUCUCACUCAUCAUUGCAUUGAUCCCAAUAUCUAGUACAGCACAAAGAUCUGUCCUUCACCCGAAGUCUAGCUUUAAAUCCUCACGAACGAACGCUGAAAACCAUCCCAGCAGCCCCGGCUCAAGCGCAUCUUGCGCCCAUCCAGCCCCUAACACCUGUACAUUCUACUCAACCUGCCUCGAACGGGUCUACCACUGCGGACCGACCGGCUACCCUCUUGCCUUCGGCAAAAAGUACUGCACCAAGACCCUCAAAUAUCGGUCCUUUCUCUCCCCCUCUGGCCAAUCAUGGAGCACGAAUGCCAUGCUCUGUCUCCAGGAACAGUUUGUGCCUCUCUUGUCUGUACCAGCUAAUGAGCAGACGGAUUGUGUCCAGCUGGAGAAAGAUGCCAUUGCCACACAUGCCGGCUGCUUCGUGCGGAAUGGGAUCUGUUCCCUUGGUUUGCAGGAUUGGGAGGUGAUUGUAGGGAUCAUUUGGCCCGCAUUGUUUUCGGAUUGGCGUACUUGGGUCAGUGCUGGAGAAACGGCGGAGGAGUGUGUUGGCUUUAAGGCAUGGCUGGUGCUUAAGCAGUUACUUUAGCUUAAGAGACACAGGAAGUACUCCUGACUUACAAGCGUUGUGGAAAUAAGUGGAAGGCAUUUUAGUAGGGAGCGAACCCCGGUAGGCAGAUAUGAAGUAUUUUUCUCAUCACCGCUUCAACUGGCUGUUGCCCGUUGAUCCUCAACUAUAAUCUACCUAUCGUAAUAAAUCGACACGAUUUUUCAAGUAUUUCGAAUCCUUUUUGAGUG